UCCAAUUCCAAUCAUAAAUGAAAAAAUGGAUGAUUCUAAACAUUCUGAUGAAAUUGAUGAUCAAUCAAUGAAUGCAAUUCAACUUAUGGCCAUGAAUCAUUCAGAAAUUCAACGUUGGAUCAUUGAAAAUUAUUCAAAUAAAUCAAUUAGUUCAAGAAAUAAAUUAUAUGAGCGUAUGGUUCAAACACGACAAUCAUAUAUCGAUAGUAUGAUGAAAUCACAUCCAUUUCAAUGCUCAAAUUUAUCGCCAAUCAAAUGCCGUCUUCCAAGAUUGAACAAAUUUUUCCAAUCAAUUCGUCCAUCAUCAAUUAUAUGCAUAACGGGUGAUUCAAAUACGGGAAAAUCGAUGCUCGCCACAUCGAUUGCAAUUGAUUGUGUAUCAAUAUCCAAACGAAAAGUAUUGUUUAUCGAUUCCGAUUUGUCAUUGACUAAUGAUCGUUUACGUUUAUUGCAUUCAAAUUUGGAUGAUCUUAAUUCAUUGAUUCAAAUUUAUCCUAUAUUUGAAAUAAAUCAGCUAUACAAUCUAUUUGAAAUGAUCGAUCAAGAUGAACAAUUACAUCGAUCAGUAUUGAUAAUUGAUUCAUUCAAUUGUUUCAUAUGGGCAAGUAAACAUUCGAAUUGUUCACGAGAAUCAUUUAUAACACGAUUGUUAUAUGCAAUCGAAUCAAUUACACGUAAAUGUUAUUUAACUACUAUCAUUACAAGAUUGAACAAUCGAUUUGAUCAUUCACUUCAUUUGGAUAUUGAUAUUACAUUAAAAAAUGGUUAUGACGAUGAUGAUCAUAUUAUUGCGGAAAUUAUAACAAAAAAUACAUGGCCACGAUCAAAAUUUGAUAUUGAAUUUCAUAUUGAUAAAGAUCUUUGUCAUCCAGAGUGGUGA